UUCUUAGCAAUACUCCUGACAAAGAAGUGUCUAGGUUUGUUCUAGAUGUAGUUGAUAGCGGUCGGUGGGAUGAGUAUUGUUGGGGUAGGGAAUCAUUUGAAUUGACAAUUGACUCAUUCAAAGGUAGGAUUGAGCAUGGGAUCAUUAUGAAAAAUAGAAAGGCAGAGAAGGGAGGCCAAUAUGAUGGCUGGUAUAGGGCAUUGGGAUGUCCUUGGGUUUUUACUGUUUGGUUUUAUGAAUGCUGUCCUGCAAUGGUGAACUCUUUCUGUAAGAGAGUUUCAUCUUCUAUUCCCGUGAUUCCGAACCGGAGCAACACCAUCGUCACCAAAAAUCCAACCCUUCGAGACUUGAAGGGCAAGAUUUUUGAUUUACCUUUGGAGAAGUUGAAGAUAAAAAACAUGCGUCCUACUGAUGAAGAGAGGCAGCAGCUUCAACUUGACGGUCUAUUUCUCGAUGAAUCUAUUGAUGAACGUGGUGUAGCGAAGCAAUCCUUCGAGGGUGGCUCAUCUUCAAAGAAGUCUGAUUCAGCAGAUAUUGAUUGGAUGAAAUCUAAGCUGGAGAUGCUCAGUUCGAAUCAAUCAUCAUUGGCCGAGGACUUCAUUUCGUUGAGGUGUUUUGUUGAUUUUAAUUUCAAAUCCGUAAUGACUGUAAUUAAGGAUAUCCAAGAGAAGGUUAAUGCCAUUCAUCGUCGUCCUUCUGACGAGGGAAAGUCAUCGGAUGAAUUAGUAACUCAAGAUUCUGAUGAUGAUCCUGAUGAUGAUGAUGAUGAUGAUGAUGAUGCCGAGGAUGAUGAGAAGCAAUUGCCUGAUCCAGAAAAUAUUGAUUCCGACUCCGACGAUGGUGGUGAGUUGGUUAAAGUUGGUGGGGAUGCUGAUGAUGCUGACAAGGGCGAUGAGUCUCGAUUGAAGGGGGACGAUUUCUUUGAUGGGUUGAGCCAGCUUGUAAUAGAUGAUGAUCAAGUUGUGUUGGCUGGCUUGGAGGCUGUUGCUAAAAUCAAUGUCCCCGCACCCAAUCCAGAUGUUGUUGGUGAAAAGUCAGAUGCCCUUCAUACUGAUGAAGAAACUGAGGAUACUGUCUCUGAUACACCUCUGUUGGAUAAGAGGAAGCGUGCUCCGGCCUUGAAAUCUCCAUUUGUUGAUUUCGGGUCUGCUGAUGUCGGGAGCACUCCAAUGGAGCUUAUGUCCUCAGGUUCUCAGUCUGCUGGGGAUGAUAGGGAUUUCAAAAUGGUGACUUAUGUGAAGGGCCUUUAUGCUCUUAAUGAUGCUUUUGCUGAUCCCGUAUCUACCGAGAUUGAGGCAAAAUUUGACUCUUGGAUUGGUGAAGGAUUGCUUAAACAUCCCAGGCAUUAUAAUUGUUAUGAAGACGGCGCAAAGAAAUUUACCCCGGGUUUUAGGCUAGGUGUUGAUUAUGUUGAGGAUAAAACUUGGUUUUACCAUUUGGCCACAUGCGACAUGUUUAUGAACGACUCGCAUAUGAACACCAUAUUCUAUUACCUUCGGAAAAAAGGUAAGUAUUCUUCCGCUGUGACGUUGAAUUUCGCAACCACUGAUUGUCUUUUUGAUGAUUCCAUCCAAGCAUUGUACCACAAAUUUAACAAGGCCAAGUCAAUGAAGACUAAGAUGUCACACAUUCACGCUGCCCACCCAAUUGCGCAUUACAUCCGAGGUAUGCGCAUUCCCUGUUCCAAGCCUUGGUAUGAAGCCGAUCACGUGCUUUUCAUCAUCAAUUUAAGAAGGGAAAGUCAUUGGGUUUUUGGGCGUCUUGACGUGCACGAAAGGACGUUAUUUCUGUACAAUUCUUUGAGAACCGCGAAGAUGAAUGCCGCAGCUAGGAAUGCGAUGAAGGCUUAUUCCGUUGAUUGUGGAGCAUAUGUUGCUGCCUUUGCUGAAUUCUUUAUACACGGAAAGGAUGUCCCUGCAGACUUUGACAUCGAAGCUUAUCGAACCCGACUUGCUUCACUUUUCUACUCGUACGGACAAAGGAAAAUUGACGAAAGUAUUGACAGCGAGGAUGAGAAGCAAACCAAGUCUUCUAAGGCAUCUAAAUUGAAGAAAUAG